AUGAAGCCCGCGUCGGGUACCCGCAAGCCAUACAUUGGCAACACCCGUUCUCUCGUCCUCGCCCUCGAUGUCGGCACCACAUUUAGCGGCGUGUCCUACGCCAUCCUCGAGCCUGGAGAGAUCCCAAAGAUACACGGAGUUACUCGGUUCCCUGGGCAGGAGCACGUCGCGGGCAACUCCAAGAUCCCCUCCAUCAUGUACUACGACCAGGACGGCAUCAUGAAGGCUGCCGGCGCGGAAGCAGAGAGUGCUGCUAUCGUCGCGCUCGCGGAGGACGAGGGCUGGACGAAAGCUGAACUGUUCAAGCUUCGUCUGCGCCCGAAGACGAUGAAGCUCAAGAUGAACGGCAUGCGCCUCGCGCCCCUCCCGACAGGGAAGACCGCCGUCGACGUCUUCGGCGACUUCCUCUCCUACCUCUUCCACUGCACGCGCUCCUUCAUCAUCGACACGCACGCGAACGGGCACCAGCUCUGGCGCGCGGUCGAGCACGACAUCCAGUUCGUCCUCAGCCACCCGAACGGCUGGGAGGGCGCGCAGCAGGCCAAGAUGCGGCGCGCGGCGGUCUACGGGGGGCUCAUCCCGGACACGGACGAGGGCAGGGCGCGGAUACGGUUCGUGACGGAGGGCGAGGCGAGCCUGCACGCGUGCGUGCUGAACGGUUUGGCUGCGGACGUGCUGUCGGUGAGCAAAGUUUUCCGUUUGGGUUUGAGUUUGUUGCUGCUGCGUUGUGGCGCUGGGAUACUGAGUUUGAGUUUGGCUCAGAACCCUUCCGGACACGGGUUCAUCGUCGCCGACGCGGGCGGAGGGACGCUGGACAUCAGUUCGUAUGCUAUUCGCGGCACGUCGCCCCUUGUCAUUGAGGAAAUAGCUCCCCCGGACUGCGUCUUUGCCGGCUCCGUUUUCGUCAGUCGGAGGGCGCGUGAAUUCCUCGCAGGGAAGCUGCGGGACUCAAGAUACGGCACGCCAGAUUCACUGGACCACAUCACGAAACGGUUCGACGAGACGACCAAGCGGCUCUUCCGCGACAGCAAGGACAUGCAAUUCGUCCCUUUCGGUUCGCCUUUAGACAAGGACUUGUCCGUGGGCAUCCGCGGUGGCCAGCUGAAACUUCUCGGGACGGAGGUUGCGGCGCUCUUCGAGCCUUCAAUAGAGGCAGCUGUGCUGUCUAUCAAGCGGCAGAUCGACUCGUCCGGCGGGACCGUGAAGUCGGUCUGGCUUGUCGGAGGUUUCGCAGCGAGCCCGUGGCUCUUCGUGCAGCUGCAGGAGCGUCUUCACAAAUACCACGUCGUCGUGAGCCGACCAGAUACCCAAACCUCAAAAGCCGUAGCAGACGGCGCCAUCGGCUUCUACUGCGACCACCACGUCUCCGCGCGCGUCUCGAAGUUCAUGUACGGCGUCGAGUACCUCCGCGAGUUCGACCCCAAAGACGAGGAGCACGCCGCGCGCAAGCACCGCCUGUUCGAGAUGCCGUCCGGGCCGCGGCUGUUGCCCGACGCGUUCGACUGCAUCCUCGCGCGCGGCGUCAAGGUCAAGGAGUCGAACGUGUUCAGCCGCAAGUACUGCACGGAGGUUACGAACCUGUCGACGCUCUCGGUGUUCGAGGUCGAGAUCUGGUGCUACCGCGGCGGGGACACGAUCCCGAAGUGGAUCCACCGCUCGCAUGAGGACUUCUCGACGCUGUGCUACGUCAGGGCUGACUUGAGCCCGCUCGCGGGGAGCGCGCAGGCGAAGCAGGGGAGAGGGGGGAAGACGUACUGGACGAUCGUGUUCAGCAUCGAGAUUCAUUUUGGACUGACCGAGUUCAAGGCGCGCAUCAAGUGGGUCGACAACGGCAAAACGAGAUAUGGGCCCGCGUCCAUCGUCUACAACGAGGGCGGGACUCGCGCCGAGGAGGACGAGCCCGACAGCUCCCCCGAGGACAACGUCACCGUCCUCUCCUCGCCCUCCGACCGCGGACCGUCUCGCUCAGUCUCUCAGCCGCCUUCGCGCGACCCCAGCAUGCGCAGUGGGCGCCCGUCCGUGCAGGCCUCGCCUCGUUUGCCUAUGCAGCCCCCAAUGGAUCCUCCUGUCCUCUCGCGCGGCUUCGAGCCGCCUCAGCACCACCGCAGUGUCUCGACGUCUUCGUCAAGCGCACCGCGUUCAGUCGAGCGCCACCGCACCACCUCUUCGACCAGGUCUCGCGAGAUCUACGGCCCGAGCGGUGCGGAGACUCCGCGCUCGGGACCACCGAUGGCGGAGCCAAUGCGCUACGAAGACCGCUCGAUCAACGUCUCAGGUCGCUCGGCCGAGUCAGGCAGGAGCGGCAGCACGCGGCUCGCCGAGGCCCUCAACGCGAACUGGGGCGCGAGCGCCCCGAGCGUGUCCUCGCCGCUCGCGGAGAACCCGCCGUACAACGGGUACUCCCAGCAGCCGUCGCGCCGCGAGACGAAGCCCCCGACCCCGGUGCAGCAGUCGCCUCCGGUGCACUCGAAGCAGCCCACCCCUCCGACGAUGUCCUCCCUGCAGACACCUGUGAUCACCCCGCCGCCUUUGGGCCCGCAGGAGCCUCCGGUGCCUCGUCCGCCUUCCGAGCUCUCCUACGCGACGCCUACUCCGUCGAAGCCCCCGAGCCCUCCCCCAGUCGCUGCCGCCCUCCCGCCCGUCACCCCGCCGAAGGCAUCUCCGGCUACGUCGAAGAUUCCCACACCGACGUCCGCCUCGAAGGCCGCCACGCCCUGGGGGUCCAAGGCUGCGACUCCGGCGGCCUCGAAGGCCGCAACGCCUGCAUGGGGCUCGAAAGCCGCGACCCCCGCAGGGGGCUCGAAGGCCGCUACCCCGGCUUGGGGCUCCAAGAUCCCGACCCCGGCGACGCAGUCCAAGGCCGCGACGCCCCGCGCGAUGUCGAAGGCUGCCACGCCCAAAGCCGCGACUCCGCGCGCUGUUACCCCUCCGCCUGCAGAGCCCGAGCCCGAACCCGAGCCUGCGCCCGCGCCUGCCGAGCCAGAGCCCGCGCCAGCGUGGGAGCCCGAGCCUGCUCCGGCGGCAGAGCCGGAACCCGCACCCGCACCCCCUGCGUUCUUCGACUCCGCGCCGGGACAGACCUCAGCGCUGUUCGGCGACGUCCCGCCGGUGAUCCACCCGUCUGAGCACGGCGACGAAGCGGGCCCCGUUAUCCCUCCCUUCCCUGGGGCUGGGGGCGACGAAGAGAUGAUGCCGGGGGGCAUGGGCGGCGACGGGCCCAACCCCGCCGCGACGAUGUCGCCCAUGGCGGACCUGUGGUCGACGCCCGUGCCGGACCCGGAGACGAACGCGGCCCCGCAGACGAGCGCAGGGCUGUUCUCGGACUUCUUGUCGGGCCCCACGUGGGCUAAGCCUGCGUCGAAGCUCACGAGCAGUUUCGGGUUUGGGAGCUUUGGAGGCGGAGGUAACGGCAACAACAACAGUGGCGGUUCGGGCGGAGGUGGAUUCGGGAGCUUUGGUGGGUUCGGCUGGGGCAGUAACGAUAACGCGGCUGCGGAGGAGGAGACGCGGAAGCGCGAGGAGGAAGAUUGGCAGCAUAUUGAGGCCGAGGAGGCGGAGAGGAAGCGAUUGGAGGAGGAGGCUGCCCGCCAGGCUGCAGAGGAGGAGCAGCGAAAGAAGGAGGAAGAGGCGGCGAACAAGCCGAAGAAGAAGCUGAACAAGAGGGAGCAGGCUGCUGCGAAGAGGGCCGAGGAGGAGAAGGCGCGCAAGGCGGCGGAGGAAGCUGAGGAGACGGCGAGAAAGGCAGAAGAAGAGGCCGCUGAAGCUGCUCGGAAGGCGGAGGAGGAGGCCGAAAUAGCGCUGCAGGCUACACGGGAGGCUGCUGCUGCUGCUGCCGCUGCGACGACGCCCGCGGACGUCAUCGCUGCUGCUGACCUUGCGACCGAGGCUCAGCACGCUCGAGACGAAGCCGCUGAAGCUAUACAGGAAGCGAAGAACGACGCAGCGGAGGCAGAGCAGAAGGAAGAGGCUGCCGCGGAGGCCCAGCAGGAGGCAGACCAAGCGGAGAAGGUAGCUGAGCAGGCAGAACAGCCAGCUGAGCAGGCGGAGGAGACGGCGGCCGCUGGAGAAGAGGGGCCCAAUAACGGUGUCGAAGUCGCGCAAGCAGGAGACGAUGAUGCGUGGGGUGAUUUGCCUCCUGUCAAGGUCAAGAAGGGGAAGAAGGGUGUUGCGAGCGCAGCUGCUACUCCCGACGCUAUCUCCCGACAGGCGUCCGAGGCUCCUGACGGCUUCACCGCUGCUAGCGGCGGGAAGAAGGGAAAGAAGGGCAAGAAGGGCAAGAACACAUUUACGCUAGCUGGCCGUUUCUCAGAACGCAUUCUAGAAAGCACGAUGAUGCGCGACAGCCACAGCACCCUCCGCUCCUCGUCCGCCGACCCGAACGAGGCCAUGGUCGCCAGCCAGCAGAAGCACAUCGCCGACCUCGUCGCCCGCAACAAGACCCUCGAGCACACCACCACCAAGCUCCGCGCGGCCGUAGCCGAGGAGAAAGACCGCGCCGCGGACGCCGUCGCCCAGAUCCGUCAGCAGUGGGAGACCGAGCGCAAGGAGUGGCGCGAGGGCUGCGACUCGCUCCAGGCCGCGCACCGCAUCGCGCACCUCCGCACCGCGACGGAGGUCGAUAGGGAGCACGCGGCGGUGCUGGAGAUGAAGGAGGCGUUGAGGAGGGAGCGGGUCGCGAGGGUGCAUCGGGACUACAAGAUCGUACUGUUCCAGACGCGGGAGCUGGAGUUGGAGGAGCGGGUCGCGCAGCUGGAGCGGGAGCUGGAGGCGGCGCACGAGGCGAAGGAGGAUGCGGUGGGCGACUUGGAGGAGGAGUGGCAGGAGAAGGCGGCGGUGUUGGAGGCGAGGUGUGCGGAGCUGGCCGAGCAGCUGAAGGAGGCUGCGGCGGAGCAGGCGCGGGCGGUGAAGGAGAAAGAGAAGGCGGAAGCGGAUCUCACUGCCCUCCGCGGCGAGCACACCUCCACCAAGGUCGCGUCAGAGCGCACCGCGAAGAACCUUGAACGCGCUGAGCUGCAGCUCGAGGCCCUCAAAACCUCACAUGCCGCGUUGGAGAAGAAGUACGCUGAGUCUGAGGUGAACGUCGCGUCCCUGCGCCAGCAGGUCGAGAAGUGGGCGGCGCUGGACAAGCGCGAAAAUGCCGAAGUCGAGACUCUCCGCAAAAGCCGUAUCGACCUCGAGGUCAAGGUCAAGCAGCUCGAGACCGAAAAGGAGGAUGCGGAACAAGAGCGGGAUAAGGAGACCGCUCGGGCGGAGAAGCUGCAGCGCAGGGUGGACAAGUACAAGGAGGCUUGGGAAGCACAUCAGAAAGAGACAGAGGCUGCGCAGGAGGACGCUGAACGGUUGCAGAACGACCUCACAGCCGAGGAAGAGCGGUCCAAGAACCUGAAGACCCAGCUGCAAACUUGCAAACAGCAGUUGGACGAGCUCCAAAGCAAGCUGGAGGACGCGCAACGACGCGCCAAGUCAGGCAGUCCAUCGAAGCCCAAGUCGACCAAGCCGUCGAAAGAACCCCCCUCUUCCAGACGGGCGGAACCCGAACCGACCGACGACGACGCUGAGCUCGUCGAAGAUCCCGCACCCAAGAAGCGUCCCGCACCGCGUCCUGUGGCGAAGGCGAAGCACUCGUCUCCACCACUUGCGCAGGAUGACGACGAUGAGAUCAUGGAGAUCGAUCCACCACCACCACCGAACCCGAAGGAGAAGGACAAGGAGAAGGGCAAGGGGCGUGCGCGUCCCGAGCUCGCAGAGGAGGAAGAGGGAGACAGCACACCACCCAUCACCAAACCCAAACCCAGGCCAAAAUCUGCCAAAGACAGGGAGCAGGCGAAGGAGAAGGCGAAAGAGAGAGAGCGGAAGAAGCCCGCCCCUGCGGACGACAGCGACAGCGACAUCCAGAUCGUCGAGACGAGCAAACCCGCCCCCGCGGACAAGAAGGACAAGCGGAAGGCGGACUCUGUCGAGGUCGAUGAUGAGCCUCCACCAAAGAAGAAAAGGGGGAGGAAGAAGGCGGCGUCGGAUCACGAAGAUGAGGACGAGGAGCCGUCUCAGCAGCCUCCCCCGAAAAGACGCGGUCGCCCGCCCAAGGCUAGUCUAGGAGAGGCGAGUAAGGGAACCACGGCGAAGAGCAAGAACGUGAAGACGGUGAAGGCGACAACCGCAGCGACCAGGAAGGGUAAGGAUAAGGACAAGGAUAAAGAUAAGGACAAAGACGAUGCGGACGAGGUGGACGAGGCGGAGGUGGUGGCCCCGAAGAAGAAGCGGAAGAUCAACCUGUUCCCACAAGCGCAACAAGAGACAUUCCAGUGGAAAAGUACAGAGGGGGACGGCGGACUGGAUAUCCCGACCGUCCUAUCCCCGGUGAAGGAAGGCGAGGUCACACAGCCGAGACCGAGCUUCUCCACAUCAUUCGGGAGCCUUGCACGCAGGCGAUAG